GGUGCCAAACCUUGGUUCACGGAGCUCCGAAUCUUGCUUUCAACGACUAGAUGGCUUCUGCAGACCCCUCCGACGGUCUGCGCGGCCGCCUGGCUGCUGUGCUUCCCAAGGACUAUAAAUUCGGCAUCCACCACGUCUCGACGCCUCCCACCAAGGUCGACGCGCUCUACUCUGCGCCUCCUGGCGAACGGCCCGAACGAACCUACUGCGAGAAGCACUUCCUCAGCGUCUCUAUUGACGUGGCAGACACAGUAGAUACUGCUUCACCGAGUGAGAACACGACGGACCAGGCGCAGCGCAAGCGAGUCCUCGUUCUCGGCAUCGAAAUCUUCGUCUACACCACCGCCCGGUCCACCACCUUGUUCGUAUCCAAGGCGGAUUCGACGGGAUUUCUAGACAAGCUACGGCUGCCAAAGGGCGCCCCCAGUCCGAUUCGGCAGAUCUCCGCGACCUUCAUUCGAUACUUGGUGGAUAAGCGACGGCGCAAGGACGUGCAGUUCGUAGUGAGCCUGUUUGCGCGCGCGCAAGACCAGUAUCUGUUCCCCGGCAGCAUCGAAUACCCGGGGAAGCAUGUCCUGGACGAUCGCGGCCUCGUCAAGUGGUGGUGCCGAGUGCUGGAUCCGAUUGUCGAGUCACCACCGAGCGGCAACCUCUCGCCAUGGCGCAACACGAAGGGCUAUCUGCUCGUUCCCGGCCUCGACACCUACGAGACCCGCGCGUUCAUCCCGCGCCGCGCCGGUGCUGCGUCGUGCUGGUCCUUGAGCCACCCGCUGGAGCGCAUCUCGCACUACUGCCGAGAGUUUGACUGGGUGCCGCCGCGGUGCCUCAUCCCCCGGUUCCCAGACGACCCGAAGUCCCGGUUCCGCGACGAGCUGGAUGAGGAGAUUGCAAAGACCAAGGCGAUGAAGACUACGGGGAGCUGGAAAACUGUCAAGACGCUAGAUAUGUUCUGGGAGAUGAUGGCCUUUCGACAGGAGUGCUCGAGCGGGAGGAUGACGGGCUUCAUAUGGGUGGUGUUUGAUGACUUGGAGGACGAGCCAAAGCAAAGCGGUAGUGACUCUGUAUCGGUAUCUAGUGCCUCAGUCGUGACCACCAGUGCAGCGGGCGCCCCGCCAGAGACGCCCAGGAAGCAGAGAGCCGUGCCCAACGUGACGCCGACCACCACGCCCAGGAGACUCUUCCCGCUCAAGACGGACCGGAGCGAGGGCGCGUCCACUCAGUCAAAACGUGACCCCGAGCAUGAGGACCGGAAGACCAAGAAGAAGAAGAAGAAAUCGGCAAAGGUCAAGAGCAAGCUCAGAGGCCCCAUUAAGCCCCGCCAACCGCGCAUCAAGACCAAGCAGCGCAACUACCUCCUCGACCGGCCGGUCUCGACGGCGUACUACUACUGGCCGCCGCAGGGCCGGGGCGAGAGGAUCAUGGACGAGGCCGACUACAAGCGCAUGCACGAGCUCCUCCUGCGCUUGGACUUUGCCACGCUGGAAAAGGCCACGGGGAGCACGCGUCGCUGGCUGAGCGAAGUCGGCCUCGGGAGCCGGUGGGGGUUCGACGUUACGGGGACGCGGGAGAUGGCUGCAGCUGCAGACGAACCGGGCCAGGGAGCUGCGCCGGUCAAUAAUCUAUCCGGAUUCGUCAAGCGGAAGAGGGCCGAUACGACGGGAGAGGAGGCAGCAUCGCCUGGGGAGACGGCGGGCGCCGGUGGAGUUGUCAAUGUGCUGGGCGAUGGGCUGGUUAGGAAACGGCCCAAGCAAGAAGAGCAGGAGAAGAAGGACGAUGCUGAGGGCGACAAGGGGAGUGGUGGUGCUCCUCCGGUCAACGUGCUGGGCGCGGGUCUUGUGAGGAAGAAGCAGAAGGCUUGAGUGUUUUAAUGUUAAUGUUUAUGAUACCGAAGUUGUGCAG